GGCGGCGAGCGCGGAGCCAGCGAGGCCGUGCGCCCGCGCCUGGAGAGGGGCCGGCGGCCUCAGCCUGCGCGGCGGCGGCGGCACCGGCACCGGUACCCUCGGCGCCCCGGGCCCUUCCCCCGGACCGGGCCGCACGCUGCCCCGCCCUCUGCACCCCACUUCCCCCGCCGUCCUUCCCGACCCUGCCUGCCUCUGCCCGAUCCCCGAGCGCCGGCUCGAGCCCAGGCCGGCGGCAGCUGUUGCUCGCGUGGCUGCCUCUCCUCCCGUCUCGGGGCUCUGCCGGGGCCCCCCAGGAGCCGGGCGCGCUGCGGGCCGGGCGGGAGACGCCGCUCAGCCCGACCUUCUCCGGUUCCUCCCGCCGCAGCCGGCUCUGGUCCACACCCCGCCAGCCGCGCCUCGGGCACCCUGCAGGCUCGGACGUGGCCGGGCCCCCUGUGCCACCCACCCUGGGCACGCCUGCGACCGAGCAACACGGCUGAACGACACCCGAGUGCUUCCUGCCUUUAGGAAACUCCGGAAAGCCACCGCGUCAGCCCCCGGAACCCUCCGCAGCGUGGCUGGGACUUGGCCUGGAUGUCUGCCUUCCCCGCUGGCUCCCAGACACGCCGCUCUCGAGCGCCUGCCUGCUGGUGAAGCGCGCGGGUGGGGGCCGGGCUGGCCCGGCGGCGGCAUGGCCAGGAUGAGCUGGGUCCGAGCCGCCUCCCGGCUGGUGCUGGGCUUGCUGGCGACCUCCUUAACUGGGUCGUCCCUGCAAAGCAGCGAGUGUCCUCAGCUCUGCGUGUGCGAGAUCAGGCCCUGGUUCACCCCGCAGUCGACGUACAGGGAAGCCACCACCGUGGACUGCAACGACCUCCGGCUGACCCGCAUCCCCGGCAACCUUUCCAGCGACACGCAAGUGCUGCUCCUCCAGAGCAACAACAUCGCCAGGACCGUGGACGAGCUGCAGCAGCUCUUCAACCUGACGGAGCUGGACUUCUCCCAGAACAACUUCACCAGCAUCAGGGAGGUGGGGCUGGCCAACCUGACGCAGCUCACCACCCUGCACCUGGAGGAGAACCAGAUUACAGAGAUGACGGACUACUGCCUGCGGGACCUGGGCAACCUCCAGGAGCUCUACAUCAACCACAACCAGAUCAGCACCAUCUCGGCCAACGCCUUCUCGGGCUUGAGAAACCUCCUCAGGCUCCACCUGAACUCCAACAAGCUGAAAGUCAUCGACAGCCGCUGGUUCGAUUCAACGCCCAACCUGGAAAUCCUCAUGAUCGGGGAAAACCCCGUGAUUGGGAUUCUGGACAUGAACUUCAAGCCCCUCUGCAACCUGAGGAGCUUGGUGCUGGCAGGAAUGUACCUCACCGACGUCCCCGGGAAUGCCCUGGUGGGCCUAGACAGUCUCGAGAGCCUGUCUUUUUAUGACAACAAACUGGUCAAGGUCCCCCAACUGGCGCUGCAAAAGGUUCCGAAUCUGAAGUUCUUAGACCUCAACAAAAACCCCAUCCACAAAAUCCAAGAGGGGGACUUCAAGGACAUGCUCCGGCUGAAAGAGCUGGGACUCAACAACAUGGGCGAGCUGGUGUCCGUGGACCGCUACGCACUCGACAACCUGCCCGAGCUCACCAAGCUCGAGGCCACCAACAACCCCAAGCUGUCCUACAUCCACCGCCUGGCCUUCCGCAGCGUCCCCGCCCUGGAAAGCCUGAUGCUCAACAACAACGCCCUGAACGCCGUCUACCAGAAGACGGUGGAGUCCCUGCCCAGCCUGCGGGAGAUCAGCAUCCACAGCAACCCGCUGCGGUGCGACUGCGUCAUCCACUGGGUGAGCUCCAACAAGACCAGCAUCCGCUUCAUGGAGCCCCUGUCCAUGUUCUGCGCCCUGCCGCCCGAGUACCGGGGGCAGCAGGUGAAGGAGGUCCUCGCCCAGGACCCCGGGGACCGGUGCCUCCCCAUGAUCGCUCACGACACGCUCCCCAGCCACCUGAACGUGGAGAUCGGCACGACGGUGCUGCUGGACUGCCGGGCCAUGGCCGAGCCGGAGCCCGACAUUUACUGGGUCAGUCCCCUGGGAAACAAGAUCACCGUGGAGACGCUGCUGGACAGGUACAAGCUGAGUAGCGAAGGGACCUUGGAAAUAUCUAACAUACGGACCGAAGAUUCCGGGAGAUACACCUGUGUCGCCCAAAAUGUCGAGGGGGCAGACACUCGCGUGGUGACAAUCAAGGUGAAUGGGACCUUCCUGGAUGGUGCCCAGGUGCUGAAAAUAUACGUCAAGCAGACGGAGUCCCAUUCCAUCUUAGUGUCCUGGAAAGUCAACUCUAACGUCAUGACGUCCAACCUGAAGUGGUCGUCCGCCACCAUGAAGAUUGACAACCCCCACAUCACCUACACCGCCCGGGUCCCGGUGGACGUCCACGAGUACAACCUGACGCACCUGCAGCCUUCCACGGACUACGAGGUGUGCCUCACCGUGUCCAACAUUCACCAGCAGACUCAGAAGUCGUGUGUCAACGUGACGACCAAGGACGCCGCCCUCGCGCUGGCCCUCUCCGACCAGGAGGCCAGCACCGCCCUGGCGGCCGUGAUGGGCUGCCUGUUCGCCCUCGUCAGCCUCGCGUCCGUGGCCGUGUACGUGGCCAAGAGGCUGAAGAGGAAGAACUACCACCACUCACUGAAGAAGUACAUGCAGAAGACCUCCUCCAUCCCGCUGAACGAGCUCUACCCGCCGCUCAUCAACCUCUGGGAGGGGGACAACGAGAAGGACAAGGAAGGGUCCGCAGACACGAAGCCCGCCCAGGUGGACACGUCCAGAAGCUACUACAUGUGGUGACUCGGCGGGCGUUUGCUUCUGGUAGUAAGGAGCACAAAGACGUUUUUGCUUUAUUCUGCAGAGGGAACGAGUGGGCGACGUCCGCGUGCCGGGCUCUGCCGGCCGGCAGCAGCGUGGGAGGACGGGUGGGUGUGUCAGCAGCUUCGUUCGGUUCGGUUCGGUCUCCAGUCAAGCGCAUCGCAAGGGUCUGACACGGCCGGCAGCGCCCCUCGGCUUCCAGGGUGUAUUGCAUUUUUAUCCUUAUCGCUAUUAUCAUGAUGAUUAUAUUAUUAUUUUGUUUUAGUUGUGCUCCACUCAACCAUGCUGUUCUAACUGCAGUGCUCAAUAAAUGAUGAAUGGCAGGUCAGGGUCGCCCUGUGCUUCUGCCCGUGGCGUGACCCCGCCCCCCGCGGCCACCGGGAGAGUGCCCCACGCGGCCAGCCGCGGACGUGCAGGUGCGGAGCCGCCGCGAACUGCCUGAGCAGCCUGGGCUGCCGACUUCCCGCCCCAGCAGCGAAGGCCGGACUUGCUACCUUCCUUGAACGAUGUUAGUUGACUGUACUGUAAUGUUGUAUCAACUGAAUUGAAUGUUUGCCUUUGAACAAUGACUUUUCUCUCCCUCUCCUUUUUGUUUUUUGGAAUAGUUAAAGAGGCUUAGAACAAGCUAACAGGCAAUAGAAAUAUGUAUAUCAGAUUUUUUAAUGUAACAAACUACAUGUUAAUUGUUACCUUAUUCUUUUUAUCUUUAGUAGACACUUUU